CUAUAUAUUUUGAUUUAAGAAAGAUGAGUCAGCAGUGAAAGAGCUAGCAACGAAAUAUUUUGUUAGUACUGUUGAUAGCAGAAAGAGAACAUCAGUACUGUCUGAGGAACAGAUGAAGAUGAUUUUGCAGAUGGCUGAUAUGGAAAAGGUUUCUAAAGAAUUAAAGAAGAUCGAGAAAAUAGAGACAGCAUCUAACACUACUGUUAACAUAACUGAUUUAGAUUUUGGACCAGCAGAUGCGGGUGUAAAACCAACUGUUAGUAAAGAUUCUCCUACUGUAAGCAAGAAAUUCAAGGAAGAAGAAAACAGAGAGCAACCAUUACAGAAUACAGAAAAAAUCACAAAAGAUCGACAGAAAGAAUUAGAUGAACAAAUCAAGGAUAUAAAAGAUUUAGAAACAGAGAUUGAAGAGAAAAAAAGUAAACCCCCAGAUACAAAGUGGAUUAGGCUAUAG